GGCCAGAUACGCUCCCCAAUCAUCUGCCAAUGUCCGUAAUCGGGUGGCUUGCAUCUGUAUCUUGCCGUUUUGCUCAAGCAUGCGCAGAUAGCUGCUAGGUCAUGCUCGUGCGAUGUGGCAGCAGUCAUGCACAGCUAAGCUGACCGGUGUGGGUCUCAAAUCGCUAUACAUCCAUGAAGAUCAGUAAAUGUUUUCUCGAUUGACUUGCCAACCUCAGAACACCUCCUGUUGCGAUGGAUGUGAUGUCGUACGAUAGCCAUCCGGGACCAAGACGCGGGAGCCUCGUCGCGGAACUUCUGCACAUUGCAAAGCACCAAAGCAUCAAUAAGAAAUCGCGAGAAUGGUUCGAAAAUUUGCUUUGUAUCGAGAUAUCGUGCAAGUCACCAGUGCAACUACGGCGUACGAGGAUCUCACCCUCACCAACGGGGUUUUCGCCGUAUAUCGCCGUAUCGUAUACGUCGCAUGGUACUCAAGGUUCAGAGAGUGAAAGCACAGGAGCAUAUCGAUUGGCCGGUGCGGAAGUGACAAUGCCGCAACGUAACAAAGUCCGAGAUGAAAUCCUCGCCAGGACCGUCAACUAUGCAUGUCAUAAAGGAGUUCAGCACUUCUGGAUUGACGGGGACUGUGUUCCUCAGUGGCCGUGUCCGGAGAAAUACAUCGCUAUAAAUUCAAUGGAUCUAGUAUACAAUCGUAGCAAAUAUCCAUUGGGUUUAUUAGCAGUUAUACUCGAAAAUCAGGAAGAAGUCGAUACAUUACAAGACCUUAUGGAAGGGGCGUUAAUCAACUGGAAACACAAUCUCGAAUAUCCCCAACUAUCCGACGCUUCUAGCAACGGUGCCAAUUCACCAGGGUUUCAGCUGCUCCGACGUCUUUGCAGAGAUCGCUGGUGGUCACGGGCUUGGAUUUUUCAAGAAGAAUACCUUGCGUCGACACGGAUGCAUCUACUCAUACGCCAUAGGGCGGGAUUACGGUCAAAGAAAAGAUUCAGAUCUCCUGGCGAAGAGAUAUGCAUCAACGCGGCUUCGUUCCGAACGCAAGCUACACUGUAUCUGCUGGCUUGCAAACAACAACCGAAUUACAGUGGGAACAAGAAGAACAUCGCUUCAAUGCUGAAGACUUUCGGGAAAUACAAUCUUUUAUACCACACUCAGCAUGAUAUGAGGACAAGAUCCAUGUCCUCAAGAAUAGUCGUUGAUAUCCAACGCAGAAAUAUCGAGCACCCAUUUGAUAGGCUGCCGAUAAUUGCAAAUGCGUGUGAUUAUGCCAUUCGGCUGAAUAACAUGGCCAGCAAGGGCUACUCCCUCCAGUCUUGCUGCCUUGCGCUUUCGCUCUUGAAUGGAGAGAUCCUACGAAACCCAAGGCUCAUCAAGAGAUCGCCGGCGGAUAUGUGGAUCAGCGACUUCGUGCAGCAUGUUUUCUUCAAUAAAUUUGUUCCGCCAGUUCUUGAGAACCCCCUGACAUACUUGAAGAAAUGCCGGCUUACCGAGGUCUCACUCGAUCCUCACGGCAUCUCAACCAAGGGUCACAUUUGGAUCCUCAAGAAUACUAUCAAGGUCAAUCUAAGUUCGGAGUUCCGCACAAGAACACGGGAGGGGCGCAAUCCAGGUUCCCGCGAGUUUCAAAAGCAUCGUCUUCUCAGGCUUCUAGAUGCUUUGCGUUCUCAAGGACGAAAGUGUCAAGUCUUGGUCGACGAACUAGAGCGCUGUUUUGACAAUGAUGCAGAAGAUACGACACUUAAUGCUGUCAGGAAACACAAUCGAUCGAUGUUAGGACCCAUCAUCGAUGCCAUCUACAAGUCCCAAUCUUUAAGACUUGGAUACCUACCAGGUACGGCACACGCAAGUGGAAUCUUCAGCGGGGUUCCGCCCAACAUCACCAAGGUUUUCACAUCGUGGCGUGUAGGCCCUGGCCUCGACGGGAAAGAACGCGAAAGUCAUGUCUCACUUGGAGUCCAUGCGAAACUGCACAAUGGCAAGUGGAUGCUGGAAUCUGCGCGAUGGAUCAAUGGGCUAGCUUUUGCAGGAGAGCAUGAGCAGUUGUCGGUAACUUUCCGUUGGCCCCGUGCUUGGCUAUAGGUCUCUCGACGGGGGGUC